CAGGACCGUAGCGUCACCCCUCAGAACCGUAGCGUUACCCCUCAGAGGGACAAAAGUCUAAUUCCCAAAUGGGACCCUAUUCCCUAGAUAGUGCACAACUUUAUAUCAGAGCCCUAUGGCACCCUAUUCCCUAGAUAGUGCACUACUUUGGAUUGAUUUUGUAUUCCAUGUGUAUGUUGUGGUUUUCAGGAGUGAACUAUCUGAACUUUAACCAAUAAGAAACGCUUGUUUUGCGUUUUAUGAUGCAAACUGUUUUUUUGCUACGACGUGUCCUAAUGAACACGACCCAUGUUCCCCAUCUUUCUCUUGUUAUGUUGUGGUUUUUAGGAGUCAUAGGUCGUAACCGCCCCCCGUAUCAGCCAUGAGUAGCAAACCCCAACCCCCUCUGAUGAAGAAGCACAGCCAGACAGAUCUGGUGAGCCGGCUGAAGACCAGGAAGAUACUGGGUGUCGGAGGAGAGGAUGAUGAUGGAGAGAUACACAGGUCAAAGAUCAGUCAGAUGCUCGGAAAUCAGAUGAGGUUUGGCGUACGAGAGCCAAUAGGCCUCAGGAUAUGGAUUCUCAUGUCUGCUGUUCUGUUCACAACCAUAGCCUUAAUAGCUCUAGUGUUCCCCAGUCAGCUCUAUGAGUUUGUGUUUGAGCUCAGGACCACCAGGAUCUCCAUCAGACUCUAUGGAGGAGCACUACUCAGUGUCUCAUUGAUCAUGUGGAAUGGUCUGUACACAGCAGAGAAGGCCAUUAUCCAGUGGACCCUGCUGACCGAGGCCUGUCUCCUGUCUGUCCAGUUCCUGGUGACCAGCAUCACCCUGGUGGAGCUGGGUCUGAUGUCAAACUCUGCCAUCCUCCUCCUCCUCAGUGAAGUCCUCUUCCUCAUCAUCACACUCCUCUACUACUACCACCUGGGUCGCAGGACCAAGAAGACCCAGAACCAUACACAUAGCUCUGAUUAGACCCAGAAGACCCAGAACCAUAGAUCUAGCAGCUCUGAUUGGACCCAGAACCAUAGAUCUAGCAGCUCUGAUUAGACCCAGAACCAUAGAUCUAGCAGCUCUGAUUAGACCCAGAACCAUAA